UUGGACCACAUAUUGGGAUUUCAUACUUGAGAACAUUUCUGGAGUGUAGAGAAAGCGAUGCGCUUCAUUAAAUAAAGCUUUUAAUCCUGUUACAUAGGCUAUACUUAAUGUCGUGAUUUGUUAUACACAUAAAGAUACAGACAAUCAAAAAGAGGAGGAUGUAUACAGCCGGGCUGAAUCCCCUUUACGCGUCAAAUUUUAGUCUCUGGUCUGCCUAUUGUUCGGGUGGUUUUGCGAUGGACACAGUAAAGAAGCCUUCGUUUUGCAUUGCUGACAUACUACAUUUUGGAGACAACGAAAACGUCGCAGGUUCUUCAGCGCUCGUGACACACAUGGGAGCAAGGGCUCAAGUUCAUUCCACGGCAUCUCCGCUUCGCCCAUCUCCGUUAGCGCCGGACGCAGCCGUAUUCGGUGGGAGAGUGAGUGCAGCGUCUGCCUACCACAGGCACGGAAUACACUUGACCUCUGUGGCCAGAACAACAUUCUUUUCUCAAUCAGUACCUCCACUUUCUAGCAAAGAUCUCAAGUUCGGCAUUGAUCGGAUAUUGUCUACAGAAUUCGAACCAAAAUCAAAAGAAUCGUCACCAUUAAGAGAUCACACGUCUGUUGUUAGCUCGAACCGUCAGUCAGUGUCCGUGCAGCCGAACGCGAGUCAGUACUUCGUCUCCAUAGAGCCGGGGAUGAGCGACGCAUCCUCCAUAAUAAGUCCCUCGAGACAAUCAGGGCAUCAGUAUCAGGACUCUUUCCCAGGACCCUAUGCAGUUCUCACGAAAGACACAAUGCCACAGACAUACAAAAGAAAAAGGUCCUGGUCCAGAGCCGUGUUCUCCAACCUACAAAGGAAGGGUCUUGAAAAACGAUUUGAGAUUCAGAAAUACGUCACGAAACCAGACAGAAAACAGCUUGCUGCGAUGCUGGGCCUUACGGACGCUCAGGUCAAAGUGUGGUUUCAGAACCGUCGAAUGAAAUGGAGACAUUCCAAGGAGGCCCAAGCCCAAAAGGACAAAGAGAAGGAGCAGUCAGAUAAAGCCGAGACCGAGUCCGAGCAGAAAGCGCGCGACGAAUCCGAAUGCGAUACUGAGCAAAGCGAUUCCGACUUCGAAGAAGAAGAACAGAAAAGAGAUACGAAUAUUUCUGAUCCCAGCAAACAUAGCCUUAUCAUCGCCGGGCCUGUAGGCACAGACAUCAUGCCGGCAACAAAUACCGUGACAGAGACGACAGCAUCCUCACAAAUACCUUUCUGAACUUUGUUGGAAAAUCACCGAUCGUGAAUCGAAAAAACCACUAUAAUGCACGUCAAAGACAAUAAACGUUUUAAACGCAGCUCAGCCAGUAAGUCGGUCCUGGUUAGGUCGUGCCUGGGACACUUGAAAAGUAAAUAUAUCCGGUGAUGUCACUGACUUGUUCCUGUAUAAGGAAAAAAAUUCAAUCUUUUGAAUAUCUUUCAUAUUGUGAAUUUGAUCAUUGUGAAUAUUCAUCUGAACCACUUCUUGUUCGCCCUUAUGACCUCUGGGAAUUUACUCAAUGUAAAUGUUAUCGUAAAGUUCAUGAAUCUGACUGUAUUAUAUUUUGCUAGUAGGUAUUUGCACUGAAGAUGUAAAUAAAAGUUUAGUUUUUUUCUUACUUGAAACCUGGUUUUAAAUAAUUGAUGUGAAUCCAGCUUCAAUACUAUUAUAUGAACAAUGGUUAUUAUUAUUAUUAUUAUUAUUAUUAUUAUUAUUGCCAAACAUCUAGGUUAGGAAGUGAAUGUCACAGAGAAUUUUUGGUAUGCUGUUAAUGAUAGUAGGAUAUUCAGAAAUACAUCAUUCAGACACAAGCUCAUUGAGGCAGUCUGGUUUUAUCUGCAGAAACAGAAGAAAGUGAGACAGUGAGACAAUAUGACCAGAAGAACUGCAGCAGCUCCUCUGAGAUGCUUUGAACAAACUGCCAGUUGAAUUGCAUAUAAAAGUACUUGGUGAUGUACAUUAGAGAUAAUUUAUUUUAGAAUGCAGUUGCUAAAAGGCAAUGUGUCAUCACUCCACAUAUAGAUUUAAUUUUGUUUUUAUUUGAGAUAUAGACUUUAUAUGCUGUUGCUUUGAAAGCAUCUUUGCUUCACAGAUUUUCUUUACAUAUAUAUAUAUAUAAGGUCAUAAGUGCAUGAUAAGAUGAAAAGCGGGUAUUGUAUUUUUUGGCCCUGAAGACCCUUUUGCUCUGAGAAAUGUUAGUUGGGAAAAUCUGGCAUCUAACAAUAAACAGAGAGUGACGAGCUAAGAUUUAUAGUUUGUGUACAUUUACUGGCUCCAGAUAUCAGCAACAGAAAUGAAUCCAACAAAUGAAAACGGAGUCCAUAAAUGGACUCCAGUUGACUCUGUGACAAUCACCAAAGACAGGUCAUAAUGUUGGAGUUGUGUAUACAGUUAAGUCCAUCAUUGUUUAAUGUCACUUUCCAUAAAACAGUCGGUUUGUGAAUAAGGACACAACCAUAAUGAGAACUGCUAAGGGAUAGGAUAUAUAAGAUAAAGGGAUAAGUGUGUAUGUGCAUGCAUAUAUAUGCUUAUGUGUGUGUGUGUGUGUACAUAUAUCCCAUUAGCAGUUCUCAUUUGUAGUUAUCUUGAUUGUAAAGAUAAACAGUAUAAUGGUUCAAUGACUACCAUGAAUCUUCCUGACCUUGUAUAAUCUAUUUUCCAGAGCUGGCUGCGAGCCCGAUUAGUGUCUGUAAAAACACAUAUUUUCUCAACGAUAACUGUAAAUUUGUAACAUUUGUGCCAAUAAUGAAAUCAAGACAUUUAAAGUGGUAACA